UUGGACCCCGAAUGCACCAUUAUUCAUCAUAUUCAAUGAGACCCGCCCAGCUUUGCCGUCCGUCACUCAUCCGUCUGUACAACGGGACUCGCCUUCUCCCGCUGUCUUCCACGGCGACAAACUCGAACCGCGUUUUAACAUCUCAACUAGCUGGUUAGCUCUUGCCGUUGAGCUAACAACAAUGGGAUGAUGUGGCGAAACAACUCUUUGGACGAACGACGCAGCAACUUCGUGUGCUAGGCUAACCGGAGUCCCAUUCGUUUUCGACUCGUCCAAGCUAAAGGCUCCACGCUAACGAAGGCUAGCCUUCACCUGCAGGCUGUUCUCGGUACGGGGAUGGAACGUGUGAAGGAAGACGAGUGUCGAGCUCUUUUAACCUCGCAAACGCCACAAUGGACGCCAGAGUCUAAUCAUAACGGCGUCCACGUGAAAUCGAGCGGAUUUACAUCACUGUCUACUGGAAAACGAGCAUCCAUUGGCGAAGAUGAGGGUGGAGGCUCAGAGGCAAAACUCUUAGGGAAGGGAAUCGCGGCCACCUCCCUUCUCCAGAUUGCCAUCAGGAAUGGGAUCUACCAAAACCAAGUUGCUAUCGGCGGUGCGGCCAAAAAUAUCAACAUGUCCUCGGUGAAGACUGGUAACAUUUACACCAUUUCAUCCGUCAACAACAGCACUUCGACCAACUCCUUGCUGAGUAAGAGACGCCAGCGGCACAAGAGGAAUCUGUCGCUAGGGUGCCCGCCGACGAGCUGCUCUCCCGGUGUGUCUUCCGCGGAGGCGGCCGGUUCCGCUCCUUCCGCUUCUCCACUGAGCACCCUGAGUCUGGAUAGGAAAACCUUCCUCAGGCAGAAACAGUCAAAGCAGCUUCUGGCCUCCGAUAAGGGGUGGGUGACAGCGGACCUUAAAAGGGGCUGCAUUCACGUCCACGACUGGCUCAUGCCCUCCUACCCACGGCCGGUGCUAUGCACAGUGGAUACUACAGCUACAGAGGUGGUCAGUAAAUUGCAUGCAAGUAAAGCCGAGUCUGUCUUGAGAGUAAAUUGUGAAAAUACUGCUAAUGUAAGUUUUUGUAAGGGUAUUAAUGGACAGAUUGAUGUUACACAUAAUGAUGGCUCAGAUCCCAAAGAAAAUGAGGGUCUGCAGUCUAACAGUCGGACAAAGCAGUGUUAUUUCGAUACAAGCCUCUUUUUGGGUGAUAGAACUGCAAGUAACUCUUCAUCAGAGGUUUGCCUGACUGACAUUUGCAUGGAUUUAAACUUGAGCGCUACCACCGACUGUUCUGGAGUGUACUCUGGAUCAGAUAUGGAGAAUAGUAAUUGCGAGGAGUUAAGUCUAGGAGGACCCAAAAGCACACUGCAGCAGGACUCACUUAGUGAAGGCACAGGUUUGGGUACAGACUCAUCAGCUUUGAGCCCCAACUGUGACAGUGCCACAGAGGGACCGGACCCAUUUGAGAGCUCUUCUGAUGAGGUUGAGCUCACCUCCUCUCCAACGCAUUCUGCCAGCAACUCUCCUGCAGACCUGCCCUCAACUACAUACCUCACAAAGGCUCCACAGCAAUUGAUAAGCACGCUAGAAGAUGCCGGCGGGGCUGCAGCUGGCGAUUGCAAGUAUUCACCACAAGUAGUGAAACAUUCCUCCAAAUCCUCCAGCAGUCCUCAGGCCCGGCCCCUGAAUAACCAAGCAUCAGUGCAGCCUGACCCGGAGAUCCUGGCAGGGAGCAGAGCUUGGCCAGAGCCGAUCAAUACAAGCCCAAGUCCGGCUCUCUUUGUCCAGCUGCACGGUGGAAUUGUGCGACGUCUACGAGAUGACGAGAGGCCUCUGCAAAUAUUAAAUGAAUACCUCACUAACCUGGGCUUUGAAGACCCAUGGAGGGUGCAGGAGGAGGGAAUGAAUCCAGGCAUUGGCAGCCUAAUUCGCUUCUACUUUGGAAAGCCUCGGAGUGUGGGAGGUUCAGAGCGUGUGCAGCUUUCUGGGGUGUUCAACGUGCGGAAAGGGAAGCUGGUACUGCCUGUGAACCGCUGGUCAAAACGCCAAGUCACUUUGAGUGGAACCUGCCUUAUUGUGUCAUCUGUGAAACACGCCCACACGGGCAAGAUACACAUACUACCUCUUAUUGGAGGCAAGGUGGAGGAGGUGAAGAGACACAGCCACUGUUUGGCGCUGAGCUCAGUUGGUCCCCAGAGCCAGACCUACUAUAUCAGCUAUGACUCAUACACAGAAUACCUCCGCUGGCACAGAACAGCCUCAAAGAUUGUGUCCCAGAGGGUGAACUCAAUUGAUCUGUCAUGCUGCAGUCUAGAGGAAUUGCCUACUCAGCUGUUUUACAGCCAGGACCUCACACAUCUCUAUCUGAAAAACAACUUCAUGUCCUUGCACAAAGGGAUUCCAGCACUUACAAGGUUUUGUAAACUGAGAACCCUCAGUUUGUCAAAUAAUGCGCUGUCUGAGUUCCCGCUGGCCUUAUGUGACCUCUCCUCACUGACUGAGCUCAACUUGUCUGGAAAUUGCCUUUCAUCCCUUCCUGUGGAAGUUGGAAACAUGCACAACCUGCAGACACUUAUUCUAGAUGCAAACCGCCUGAACUCAUUGCCUGUGGAGCUGGGCUCCUUGGAGGCUUUGGUCUACCUUGGCUUGUCUUUCAACUGUUUCACUUGUAUACCCCCUGUCAUGGACAAGAUAAGAGACAUGGAGAGACUGUGUCUGGCAGGAAACCAAAUCUCUGUCUUGCACAUGGCCAGACUACAGUGGUUGUCCACUCGCCACAUAGAUCUCAGGCUGAACCGGCUUCAAAGUGUGACAAUGGGAGACAAGCAGCAGCUCAUCCACAUUGUGCAGCUGGAUCUGAGGGAUACUGGUCUACAGGAGCUAGAUGUCAGGCCUCUCUGUAAACUGGAGGUUCUUUACUGUGACAGAAACAGACUCUCCCUUGUUAGAGUCAGUGGACACAGCCUCAAGAGUCUGCAUGCUGCACACAACGAGCUGAAAGAACUGGAAGUGCAGCCUGCCUCAGAUAAUCUGACUGUUCUGGAUUUGUCCUGGAACAAACUAGGUGUCGUCCCUGAUUGGGUGUGUGAAAGCAGUAGACUGGAACUUUUGGACAUAAACCAUAAUUCUGUUACUGAGCUGCCCAUACGGUUGCUAUCUAUUGGGAGCCUGAGAAAGCUGCUAGCAGGCUGGAAUUCUCUAAGCCAGCUGGGUGAGAGCUUGGAGAGAUCACAGUUGGAAAUCUUGGACCUGCAGCACAAUCAUCUGAAUGAGCUUCCUAACAACUUCUUCAUCAAAGCCCAGAACUUGCGGUACCUUAAUGUGUCAGCCAAUAAACUGGAGAGCCUCCCUGAUGCAAGCCUGUCAUCAGAGGACAAUUCAAGCAGCCUGGAAGAGCUCUAUCUGACUAACAACAGCUUGACAGACAAGUGUGUCCCUCUCCUGACUGGACAUGGCCACCUCAGAGUUCUUCACCUCUCUUUCAACCAGCUGCAGACCUUCUCUGCCAGUAAACUGGCACAACUGGAGCAUCUCGAGGAGCUAGACCUUAGUGGUAAUAGACUGAGGACUGUGCCCACAACCAUCUUGAACUGUCUGCACCUCCAAACACUUUCUGCACACUCCAACUGCCUCAGUGCCUUUCCGGAGGUCCUGCAGCUGCCUGAGAUCAAGUGUGUCGACCUGAGCUGCAACGAGCUCACUGAGAUUACUUUGCCAGAGUCACUACCCCCAAAACUUCAGGAGCUGGAUCUAACAGGAAAUCCCUGCCUCAAACUGGACCACAAGAGCUUGGAGCUUCUCAACAAUAUCCGAUGUUUAAGGGUGGAUCCGCCCCCCUCUGCUGCCAGCGCCAGUGAGUGCCGUGGAGUCCCUGCAGUCUGGAGCCACGGAUACACCGAGGCUUCUGGAGUCAAAAGCAAGUUGUGUGUGGCAGCGCUUGCCCUCGACGCGUUCUGUGGAGUCCAUGAAGCCCUCUAUGGGGUUUUUCAUGGCGACAGUAAUGUCGAGGUGCCUUACCUGCUGCAGUGCACCAUGGGAGAUGUGUUAGCAGAGGAGCUCCAAAGGGGCCCAAGCCAGGGAGACUACAUGACUAACACUUUCCUCACCAUGCAAAGGAAACUGGGCACAGCAGGCCAAAGGUUGGGCGGAUCAGCAGCUUUAUGUCACAUUAGACAUGACCCCGUGCCUCCCGGUGAACACGGUGGCUGCUUCACCCUGAGGGCUGCCAGCGUCGGCAGGUGCCAAGCUGUUCUGUGCCGAGAUGGAAAAGCUAUGCAACUCUCCACCAUCCACACCGUCAAAGAAGAGCUGGAGUGCCAGAGGGUCCGACGACAUAAUGCCAUCAUCACAGAGGACAAUAAAGUCUGUGGCCUAACUGACUCCACCAGAAUUAUGGGAUAUUCCUUCCUGUGUCCGUCAGUUACCCCACGGCCACACGUCUCCAUGGUGACACUCAGCCCACUGGAUGAGUUCCUUCUGCUGGGCAGCCGAGGAUUGUGGGACAUGUUAUCUCCUAGUGAAGCGGUGGAAGCCGUAAGGAAUGUUCCAGACGCGCUGGCUGCUGCGAAGAAGCUCGUAACUCUGGCUCAAAGCUACGGCUGCUCUGACAGCCUCAGUGCUGUUGUCGUCCAACUCAGUGUCACUGAAGACUGCUGCUCCUUCUGCGAGCUGCCGCCUCCACCUCACAGUCCAGGUUUGGGUGCACACAUGCAAGCUCACCCCUACCUGGGGAGUGCGGACACCCUGCUGCCACCACCGUCUUCGGGGACGGUUAGUGAUCUGAGCAGCGAGUUCAGCACAUCUGAAAUGAAUAGUGAGGUGGGCUCCACGGCAUCGUCCGAAGAGCAACCGCCCCAAACUGAGCCACUGUCGUGCCAUAUGAACCUGCCGGGGCGGACUGGCAUGCGACGAGUUGCUUGUGGAAGCGGGGGCUUCCAGAGGCAGUUCUCCGGAGCGCUGUCUGACAAUGGGCUUGACAGCGAGGACGAAGAGCCCAUUCCAGGGGUUUUCUCUAACGGCAGCCGUGUGGAGGUCGAGGCCGAUGUCCACAGCCUAGACUGCCCUGCACCUCAAAUACAUUCGUACUCUAGCACUAGUAUUCCACAAUCCAUCACUUCCAAUCACGACCAUUCACCGCCCACCAUCUCAAAAGCCCCUCCCCCAGUAACGCCAUCCUCCCCCUGCCUCGGUGGAGAGACCCGAUCGAGCACUCUGAGCCGCAGGGCUAGACCCAACGGUUCUGUGGCGUGCCACGGAAGGAACCAGGACCUCAUUGAGGAGGCGGCAGAUAAACCAGUCAAGAAGCAGGGGGGAUACUUUAAUGCUCCCGCUCAGCAAGAACCUGAUGACCAGCUGAUCAUUCCACCGGAGCUGGAGGACGAAGUGCGACAGAUCAUCGAACAGCAGCAGAUGGAAACUCGGAACCAACAAGCGACCACCUACCAGAAACCUGCAGACUAUUUUAUCACACCACUCUAAAGGCCCCCGCACACCCAGCGACUCGGCCGAACUGUAGUUUUUGCCGCGAUUUAAAUUUUGAAUCACAGACGCUUUCGCGCACGCUGAAAAUACAUUUCCGUUUUUUUUUUUUGCAAGCAAGACACCAUACGGCUUCCGUGCUGCCCCAAGCAAAAUAAUUGAAGUAUAUAACGCAUCAAAUAUUGUUUUAAAGCAAUACUUAAUUUUAUUCAUAAUGUGCUUGUGGAUGAAAAAGCAAAUCUUGUUUGUAACCAAAAUAUAUGUGAACUGCACAUACCUCGCUGGGUUCGUUCAAAGGAAUGGAGUCAGCGAAUGGCCGAUAAAAUAUCCACACGCUUUUAGUCUGACCCGCCUCUUCUUUAACUAUUAAUCUAGAUUUUGUGAUUUCAAAAAUGUGAAAGAUACAGGCUCACUGUUCAGGGUGUCCAUAUAUUGAAGCGCUCAUUGCGCGGGGUCAUGUCGGCAACUCUUUAUUUUUAUGCGAUGAUCCGGCCCAAUCGCAUCGCGCAGUCCUUCUCUCCAUGUAUGUUACCGCAUUCAUUUGCACUGCUUUCUCGGAGGGUUCAGAUUUUAUGGACCAGAGACUUUAAAAAAAUAUAUUUACUCUUUUCUACUGUUAACUCUGUGCCCAACAAAAUGCAAUGCAAUUUUUUAUCACACUUAAGUUGAUCUCAGAAGCAUUGUAAAUGCUUUUUAAAGUAGAAUUUUUGACUUAUUUUGUUUUAUGGUACGUUGCGAUAUGGACCAUGGUGUUCUUUUCAAACUUCCUGGCCGUCGGUUUUUGGUCUCGGUUGUCAGAGUUAGUAAAAUGUUAACUCCUUGGAGUUUAAUACUUUAAAGUGACCGAGUUACCGAUGCAUGCUAAUGUUCUCUGAGAGAAAAAAAAACUAUUCGGAAGGCUGUUGUUCCACAUUUGUGUUACCCUGAGGUGUGCUGAGUGAAUGUUGAACAAGAGAAUCCUCCUGUUCUAACCAGCCCAUUGAAUGUUAUCAGAACUGUUACAUAUUUCAACUGCACAAGAAAGUUAGUUUUGCUAAAUAAAUUUAAGUUUGCAGAUAACUGUGUUGAUUGAAGCCUUUAAUAAAUCAUGGGUGUGAAAACAUGUAUGGAAGGCAGCUUACGUGGAUGAAAAUGAUUCCUGGUUGUUGUUGAAAGCAGGAAUCACCCAAACUCGAGCUUUCAACUAAAUGCUGAAGUUAUCAUACUAAUGAUCAGAAUGUAAACAAAGUAGUAUAUUUAAACGUACAGUACAAUAAAUGUGGCCUGAGGAUGACAAAGAGAACUUGCAGGAGUGUUUUGCCGUGAUGAAUAUCUUGGAAACUGCACUGCAACGACUCGCGUUAGACAAACCUUGCAAAACAUUA